AUGUUACAGCCACAAUGGGCACCCCUGGUGUACGCCAUAGUCUGUAUCUUCGCUGUCUGUGCUAACGGAGCUCUCUCCAAGGGUAAAGGGGGCUAUCCGAGUAGAGCAGUGGUUUUACAAGGCAAACAUGAUUCCAGUAGGGCAAGUGUAUUAUCAAGAUAUCCACAUGGAUCUGGAUUUGGAUCAAUUCGAGGAAAUUCGAGAUCCGUAUCUGGAAAGCUGAAUUCCAUAGACAGCAAGAGGAUUCACAACAAACUGCAGAGUACUGUUGGAAAAGCACUGGACAGACGAAAUAAAAACAAUCUGAUCAAGACAACUUUAAGACGGAUGUCAAAAAUCUCUGAUUUCCAGACCAUGCCAGGACUUCCGGUUGGGACGGUAUCAGGGAAAAAACUUCCAUUAUCCAGACAUCAUAAUUUGGGAGCAAACAAGAACAUCCGACAUUUGAUGAAAACAGGUAGGAGGAUUGCUUCAGGUGGUGGACUGUCGUUAAGGUCAAGGUCAAGAAAAAGUCGUCUUGGUAGAAACCAUUUCCAUCAGCGUCGUAGGGGAUCAAAGAUGAUUUCUUCCAAUCGAGCACAUGGCGCAGGCGAUGUUGGUCUUGCAAUGAGAAGAAUAUCAUCUCAUGGAGCCAUAGAAACAAAUACUGGACAUUUAGAAAGAGGACCUUCACAUCUCGAUGCUUUGCACCUUUCAGAACAUGCAAAUACUGGUCAUCAUUUGGAAACAGGGAGAGGGCGUCAAGGCACUUUGUCUCACGCAGACCUAAGAUCUGCAGGUCAUUUGGGAGCAGGUAUACAAGGGCAACAUUCUCUCAAUCAUCCAGAACUUUCGUCCAACAGUUUGGGUCACAAAGCACCAGACGCGCAUUUGAUUGCUUCGCUCCUAGAUAAAGGAAGCCGGAUAAACCCUGAUGUCGCUUCUUUCUUGCCAAAUUUCGUUGCUGACGAACCAAAGAUUUUCCUAGACAAACAGUCCUCUGUCAAAAAUGCAUACCCACAGAUAGUGGUUGGUCGUCCCGAGCCAUUAAUGGCUGCACCUGUCCUUCCGCUUUCUCUCGGGUCUGACGGCCAUGUUUUGACGUCAUCAAAUGUUCAAACAAAUGAAGUCCUUAAAUCAGUUCUAAGCACAUUAACAAGUUCAAAGUCUCUAACACAGCAAGCAAUUGCAGUGCUACUGCAAUCAAUAAGGAACGCCGUGGACCAGCAGAAGAAAUCUCCUGGAGUUGGAUUUAGGGGGCCUAAGAUCGAGCUGUCACCGAUUAUUCACGCAGGCGCAAACGCGGUGACGUCAGAAAAUAUAAUUAGGAUAAAAGAGCCAGAGAGUGGAUCAAUCAUAGUGCUGAAGACCGGGGGCCAGUUAGAAAUUAGUUCAGGAGUACCUGGUAAGCCGACCUUUAAGGUAUACGGCAUCAAGCCCUCUUCCAUAGGAAAAGUAUUCAGAGAUGACACGGACAAUGAUGACGAAAAGAAAAGAAAGAAGAAACUCGGAAAUUAG